UCUUUUUUUUUUCUCCAUCAUCGCCGUUGGAAGAUAAAAAAAAUAUAUCCAAAAUCUACUACAGUAGAGUUUCUGUUUCAGCCAUAGUCAUUUGCAGCCGACAUCUCACCGUGAAAAGUUUCGUUUAGUAAAAUAUAUAAAAAAAAAUCCCGUGGUGUGCCAUUUUCGAUUUUUUUCUACCUUCACUUUAACACAAAAAGAAAAACGUUUUCUCUCUCAAUUUUAAAAUCCAACAAAAAAAAACUCACUGCUGCAAAAAAAGCAUUUCUAUUUUCAUUCAAAUUAAAUAACAAAUAAUAUACACACAUCCAAUAUGAGCUGGCAGGAUUACGUCGACAACCAACUCUUGGCCUCGCAGUGCGUUUCAAAAGCGGCCAUCGCUGGGCACGAUGGAAACAUCUGGGCACAAUCUAAUGGUUUUGAGGUGACAAAAGACGAACUAGCAAAAUUGGUUCAAGGUUUUGAAAAACAGGAACUCCUCACCAGCGGCGGAGUUACGCUAGCCGGUCAGAGGUACAUUUAUCUGUCUGGAACUGACCGCGUAAUACGUGCCAAACUAGGACGAAGCGGUGUCCAUUGUAUGAAAACGCAACAAGCUGUUAUUGUUUCCAUCUAUGAAGACCCUGUACAGCCACAACAGGCUGCUUCCAUUGUAGAGAAACUUGGAGAUUAUCUCAUUACUUGUGGGUACUAGAACAAAAAUUAAAAUUUUAAUAUCUGCUAUGGAAUAUAAAAUAAAAAAAAAAAAUAAGUAAAUAAAAAAAAAAAACAGAAAAUAAUAAUAAUAAAAAACAACAAUCUAAAACAUAUAAUAAAAAAAACUGCAAUUGUGAGAAUAAAAAUCAUUUAUAAUUUUUACGAUGUGUUGUGUCAACUUUUGCUAAUCUUAAACUACUCUUGAAUCGUAUCGCUUUUUAUGUUCUAUCAUUUGAUACCAGAAGAAACAGAAGAAAAAAUCACGAAAAAAAUACAAGAAAAAACAAAAAAAAAAAAACCAACAACAACAACAAUAUUUAAUAUAAAAACAAAAUAAACAUAAAAAAAAUCAAUGUGUAUUAUUUUUCAUUUGCUGCUGAGCGCGACAAAAGGAAAAAAAAAACGAAACAAAAAAAAAAAAGAAAAAAAACUUUUUAAGUAUAUUAAUUGUAUGUAAUAAACACAAACAAAAAAAAUUAAAUAAAGAAAGUAAUAAUAUAAAAAAAAAUAAUAAUGAUAAUCGCGGGGAGUCCAUAAAAAAUAAAUAAAAUAUUCUCUUUUUAAUCGUAGGCCAUCAUCCGUUUUAUACAAUACAAAAAAAAAAAGUAAAAAAACAAAAAAAAAAAAAAUAAUAAAAUAAAAAUAUCAAUAAAAAAUAAGAUUUCCCAAAUUUUUCUCAUGUGUUUUUGCUUUGUACAAAUUCAUACUUGAUUUUUUUUUCUUUUUUUUUUGUUAAUUUCCUUUAAUUAAUUGCGCUAAAAUAUAAAGUUGAUGAAAAAAACUAUAAAAAAAACGCUAUGAGUUGUGGGUUAAAUUUUUUGCAUUUUUUUUUUUUU